AUGCGUUCAGCAAUACUCGAGUUGUUGGCCUCGGCCGCAAUCGUCUCUGCGACAGGAUGCGCCCAAAGCAACCUCGAUGACCUGGUAGCCCGGAUAUCCUGCGGUACCAACAAGGAGAUUUCUCAAUGUUUGCACCGAGAUAUCGACCUUGCAUGGUUGGAGGAGAUUGAGGACUGCUUGAUUUCGGGAGGAUGUUCAAUGGCAGAUGCGACAGCGGAAGCUGUUUGGUUUACCUUCGAUUGCCGAGCUAAACAGGAGGAAUUAAAGAGGAGACAGAAUGAUGAAGAGACAACCACAGAAGAAAGCACAACGGAGGAAAAGACUACAACCAAGAAGACUGCAAGUAGGUCCGCAUCUGCGAAGAGGACAUCUACAACAGCUCCUUCGUCAACAGAAGCAACCACGACAUCCGAGUCUACCACCGAGUCUACAACAACUUCAACCUCCUCCGAAUCGACAGUUACCUCAACAACAAGCACGUCCAGCCAAAGUACAAUUACAAAAUCCACUGAAACAGCACAAUCCGCAACCACAACAGGUCCCCUUGUCUGCUCAGUUACCAGCACAAAAGCCACGUCCAUGUGCUUCGUCAGUGCAGGAAAAACACAAUCCUGCGUCGCAACAACCACAGAGAUCGCAUCCUGCGCCCCUGGUAUGAUAUGUUUCUCCGCCGCUGCCGGCGCAAACUCCUGCAUGCGCCGCGACAACCACCUUACAACCUCCGGUAUCGUCGUGGCAAUCGCGUUCGGUGUCGGGAUAGCAGCCACAACCAUUGCCGUCAUUGCCAUGAUCAUCCACGGCAAGAACAAAGUCAAAGCGAACCGGCAAGCUCAAUUACUAGCUGUCGCGAGCUCCAGAGGACGAGGUGGGCGCGAUGUAGAAGCUGCGAAAGGAUUUAGUAAGCCAAUGACGAGCGAUGCCAAUUUGCCAUUGAUUACGCCGGGAGGACCGAGGUCCGAUCAGCCUAUUUAUGGACAGCAGGAGUAUUUUGAAGGGGCUGGUCAAGCAAUGCGGAGCUUAACUCCACCGGAGUACAGAAGUGUUUCUGGAUCAGGAGCACCGCCGGUACCGAGACUGGAGUUGCAUCAAGGUCUUGGUGCUCUAGGGCAGAAUCCGAGGUACUGA